CUUUCACCCAUCAGCACAUAAUGCACCGUUCACGGUACACGAUAGAGAAGCAGUGACCACACCUCGUGCAAGGGUCACAUCGUUCGCUUUUUUAAGGAAAGGCAGAAACUUCGUUCAACGAUAUGGCUGAUAGGAGAAUAGGAUCUGACGCCUUUGAAGUGGCCGCUGAGGAAAUCAAGCGGCUGAAUAAAGUACCAGACAACCAGGAAUUGCUUGAUACAUACAAAUACUAUAAGCAAGUCAUUAUAGGUGACUGCAAUACAGCAAGACCUGGAAUUCUGGACCAAAAAGGACGGGCCAAGUGGGAUGCUUGGAACGGAAUUAAAGGAAUGGCAAAGGAAGAAGCUGAUAAGCUCUAUGUUGAGUACGUCAACAAGUUGAAGGAGAAGUAUGGUUUACAACAAUAGAGUCCGAGCUGUGUCCUUGUUGGUUAUUGUGGGAAAUGUAGUUAUGGGUAUUUGAGAUUCUGUCGUAAUGAUUUGAUAUUAUGUCCAACCUGAAGUACAGCUCCACAGAAGCGCUGUGCAGAGAACCUGGUUGAGUAAAUGUCCUAACCGCACAAUACUUUGCCAAGAAUCUUUCCCAACAACAUCAAUUGUGUGUCAUGUUGGCAGGUUGAAUACUCGUGCUAUCAAGGAAAGUGCUCGUGCGUUUUCAGCGUUUCAUUUUGAGCUUAUCUGAGAAAUGUUUGGCCGCUCAUUCUCUGGUAAGCAGGAUGAAACAGGUAUUGAGGAACAGCAUUCUGGGUGUAUUCAGGCAGCACCGGGCUGUGCUGUUUUUGCACAGUAAUAUAGUUGGUUACUUGGUGAUUAGUUAUGCUCCCUAGUAAAACAGAAUUGGUGUGUAAUUAUUUGGUAAUGGUCUAAAAAAGUUUAGGCUGAUGGCUCUUUAAGUUCACUAUUCAGCACAGUGUUGAGCAGAAAGAGUUCAUGGAAGAAAGUAUGUCAUUAAUCAGUACACUGUGUGAAAAGCAUUGUGAAAUCUUUCCCUCUUGUUCAUGGCCACUGCACAUUUGCACAUUGCAAGCCAGAUGGUUACAUCUCACUGGUAAACAUUGACACAUGCUGCAGCCUUGAACAAAGCUUGAAUGGCACAAUCAUACUUACAUAAGUCACUUUUGUCCAAUCAGAUGAAGUAUCACAAGUUGUGUCUGGGCCUAUUGUCCAAUCAGACGUUGCGUUAGAAACUGCAAACCUGGAUCCUCACCUCGUCAGACGAAAGAAAUCAUAUUUGGAUACCUGCCAAAAAUUAACACAAAAUAUGAACAAACUAAUCAAUAGGAUGGGAAAAAAAUAGAAGUCUGUGAAACUGUACGUCAGCUGUUGGUAUGCUGAGACAUUUUAACCAAUCAGCAGUGUUGCCUUUGUACCUGUACCAAAUGACCAACCAGGAACUUGAUGAGACAUGUCUUUGCAUAGAUUUCUCAUGUUUACAUGUUACUAGUCACGGGUAUUUGUCAGUGUCGGUCUCAUGUAUUGAAAACAGGAAUGUAAAUUUAACUUUUUGAUCAAAUAGUUGUAGAACACAGCACAUUGAUGUGCUGCAGAUUUGGAAUAAAACAUCCCGUCAAGUGCAGGUUUUUCAAACAGCUGA